UGAGAUCCCGAGGCCAAGAUCACAGAGCUCCAAGAAGAGCUAGGAAAGAUCAAAGUGGUCAAGGAUUGGUGGUUGGAGGCCACAUUCAGGUUGACGCUUGCCUACAACAUAACGUAGUGGAAUUGGUGGUGAAUUGGGCUAUAUUUUGAGCACCUUCUAGGUCAUUUCAGGUUCAUGAGAGGCCAUUUUUCAACAGGGAGGGUCAAUGUCAUUUUCUAUUUGGGAAUUGUUCUCCUGGGCUUCAAACUGGUAGUGGUGGUGCACAAUAAAGGGAUGUGGUCAAUUGCACUUACAUGUGAUCAAUGGCACUUACACCAUUACUGCCGAACAGGUCAAAUAAAGCAUGUUAAUGUGCUGCUAUAAAUUAGGAGAUGCAUCUCAGUCCAGAAUAUCUGCUUUGCAUAUACAAGUUCCCAGGUUUGAUGCCUGACAUCUCUAGGUUUGGCUUACCUGAUACCGUGGAGAACCCGACUGCCAGUUUCUCUGCUCCAAUUCAAACCAGCUUUUUUAUGGGUGGGAGUAAAGUUCUAGUUGAGUGGCAGUUACAAAUGUCUAGCAUGCAAAAGGUCUUGGAAUUUCACAAUAAAGCCCAUGGGAGACCUCUGUCACAGCACUGAAAUUGAUGGACUGAGAAACUGGCUUUGGGCACACCAAAUUUCCGCGUUCUUAUUGAUCCCAAGUCUCCUACCCGAUGGCUCUGGCUGUACAAUCCCCCAUCCAAGGUGGUGGUAGGUCAGUUUUUGGGGCUUACACAAUAUUUCUGUGGUAAAGGGAUAUAACAUGGUGUUCAUCCAGAAUGUAUUAUCAUUGCUGGUUCGUGGGUGAGAGAUGUUGGUUGGUUUGAUGGGAAGGGUGGAAAUGUUCCUCCGGUCCCAUGGACAGCUGGGCUCUCCCUCCCUGGCCUACUACACUGACACCUUCCCAAAAAGUAUUCCACCAGGAGAGUCCUGCAAACCAUUUUUUCGCACCACUAACAAUCUUCCUUCCUGGAGCUGUUUUCGCUCACGGCUGCAAACACAACACUCGCCCCUCAAGGCUGCUUGGUUUGUGUAGUUCUCUCCCACCCACCCCCCACCCAUUUUUGUUGUUUUUCUCCUGAAAAAAAAAGCAUUUUCUCCCACUGGGCAAUGUGGCCAUUUGCCCAAAAUGCUUUUUUUUUUUUAAACCGUAAAAGAAACCCAACUUUAAUUUGUUUUUCUGUUCUAGCCUGUUCCCCUCUCUUGUUCUUGUUUUGGUUCUGUCUGGCUCUGUCCGGGAUUUUCAGUUUCUUCUCCUCUCCUUUCUGUUUGUUUCGGCAUCCGACCCUCAACUCCCUUCCCCUCUCUAUCUGCUGGGGGACCCGGAUGUCUGUCACAAGUUAAAAAAAGCUUUUAAAUUGUGGCAUAGAGGGGAAAACCCUCCUUUUUUCCGUGCGUUUAUAUGACUCGUCUUUUUUCUUUCUUUCUUUUUUCCUUUCCUUCCCCUUCAAGGUCCGGCUCACCUGACGCUAAACAGCCAAGGAGGGUCCCUACUCUACUCGGAAGGUGGGACAGGGAGAGGAACCAGCGAGGUGCACCAGACGUCGAAAGGCAAAACAAAAGCCUAACAGCACAGCAAGAACUUCAGAGAGGCAAGAAUCCAAAAGGACCUUUAUGAUUGACACAGGAAUGUUGAAACAGCGAGCUUUAGGCAGUAAGAGCACCUAAAGCUCCGGAGAGCUUCUGUUCAACCAUUUCAAGUUUGAGCAGUGAUGGCAUGAUCGUCAGCAUAGAAGGAAAUCUCUGUCCCUUCUGGCAGUGGUUGAUCAUUUGUAUAAAUGUUAAACAUGGAUUGCUAGAUUAUCAUUCAUAAAUCAACACUAUGAGACCAUUUCCUCCACUUAACUUCAGUGUUUGUGUGCAUAGGUGAUAUUGUGUUUGUACGUUCGUGAAACAAUGUCCUUUUUCACCAGCCCUUGGCUUUCAAGAAGCGCACACUUUCUCUCUUUCUCUCACAUUCACAACCCAGCCGUGUGAAGCGUGAAAAAUCCCAGCCUUAAUAUUUAAUUACAACGCGAGCAAUUAAUACAUUCUGUCCAGGGAGGGUGAGGGGAGACUCAAAGGGAUCGUUAACAUUAAUGAUGCAUUCAGAACAAAUAAGAUGCCAUUAAUAUACGGAGGCCCAUGGAUGUACUGAAGGGAAAAAAGAGUAAGAAAAGGGCAGCUUGUACUCUCAAUUUUAAAAUGUGUGCAUGUAUCCACAGGCUGGGCAAAUACCUCAAGUAAGAUUCCCAAGUCAGGCCAGAGUAUGGCCCAACUUCAUUCCCCAACUGGCCAAAAAUGUCCAUAAAUCAGGUCAAUCAAACUUGCAAUGUGAUCAUCUCUCUUCUUGGGCUGAACAUACCAAUUGUCUUUAUCAUGGGAUCAGACACGGGUCGAAUGAAAAGUAAUGCCUCCACCUUCGUUACUUGGGUUAGGAUGGGAAUAUUUUAAUAAAUCAAAUGCAGAAAUAAUCCUUUAAUUACCACUAUUCACUUUUCCACAUCAUCACCAGACAAUUGGAAACAUUUCUGCCAACAAUGAAUAUGUUUUCUGAAGCCGUCACGGAAGAAGUCGACACUCUGUUUCUGCAACCGGCAUCUCACAGGACCCAUCGUGCACAGAUCUUCCGAUAGCCAAGCAAAGCAAUAAUGUGACCCACACGUUCUUGUGAAAUGCCGAUUAUGCUUGAAAUUUCUCAACAACGAUCAUCCUGAAUCAAUCUGUCGACCUUUUGCUUGUGAAACUUGGUGGUUGCUGUCACAGGACGUCCAACUCUGCCACGGAAGGCAGAUGUUCUCACCUCAACAUCUUUAAACUUAUUCGCCCAAUGACUGCUUUUGACACAAUAAAUAAAUAAACUGCAAUUGCGGAGAGGUGUUUGAGAGAUCUUCCCCCUUCCCAACUUGGAUGCUUUUGGAUGCAAAAACACCUUCAAAUCUGUAUAGAUGAAGGGAAGCGAGUCUCUUCCAGACUGCAAAAUAUCCUGAGCCAACCCCCUAGGGCUUUAGGCUGGCGGGGAGAUAUCGUUUUGUUCUUUAUCGGUAUAGGUCUUAAUUCUGUUUUCAAUCUGUGUUGUAUGUUUUAAUUGGAUUUGGUUUUGUUUGAUUUGACCAAAUCAACAAAUCAAGUUUUUCUUUCCUUUCAGUUCUGGCUUGCCUUUGGGGGCUGAGGGACAAGCUGAAGCCUUUCUGAUUAAGGAGGCUUUCAAGGCCCCUUGUUGAGGUCAGCGGGUUGCUAAACCAGUGCUAAUGAUGCUUUUAUAGGCGGCUGAAGUGGGUUAGCCAGGCAACACUCAACCUCAACAAGGAGAGGGCGGGAGGUGUAAAAGCCAUUGUAAAACGCCACAAAAUAUGCAUGCACACACAUGCACCACUUGACUUCAUUCCGACAUUGCAGGCAAGACCAUGCACCGCAUCUACGAGGGUUGAAUGAAAAGUAAUGCCUCCACCUUCGUAAUUCCUCAACAGAUAACAGUCCUGGAAUGUGGCAGGUACUGGCUUGUUCAGUAGACUCUCCUCUACAGUUCCAUUUGGUCGGAAGCCUCAGCAUUGACUGGUUGUGUUGUUAAAGUGCGAAGUAUGGAACCUUGCGCAGAUGGUCGGUCAAUGUGACUUAAGCAACAUGCAGUCACUGAAUUCUUGACAGCAGAAGGUGUCACUCCAAAGGAGAUUCAUCAGAAAUUCAAGCUGUUUGGGGUAAUUGUGUUGAUGUGAGUCCUGUGCGUCAUUGGGCGAGUAAGUUUAAGGAUGUUGAGGUGGGAACAUUGUUACCAGGUGAGUGUGCAGCGGAAUCAGCAGAGUCCAGUUAACACCAUGUGCAAAAGACUCAGACCAGGCAGAGGAAUUGAAAGAACAAAAGGAAAAACUUUACUUGUUGAGUUGAAGUCAAAUAAACAGUUCAGCAAUCAUACAAUGUCCAUGUAGUUGCAUAAGAUCAAUAACCAAUCAAUCAGCAUUCAAUAUAUAUACAGCAUAGCAUAUUUAAAUCAGCUACUUGACCGUAGCCAGAGAGCCUGUCUAUUUUCUGUGCUCUCCCACCAAGCUCAAAUUCCAACUGACAAACCAACUGACAAACCAAGCCAUCUGCCAUCAAACCGAUACAUUGUUUUAGGCGUGGCUUUGCCUCUGCAAAGCUGAGCUCUUUUGCAGAGAUUUCCUGCAAACAUCUUUUGCAAGGAUUUCUUUACACACACACAUAGCAAUUUGGGGCAAUAAAUAUCUGACUUGCAUGACAAACAAAGAGUUGGAUGUCCUGUGACAGCAACCAUAGAGUUUCACAAGCAAAAGUUGACAGAUUGAUUCAGGAUGAUCGUCAUAUCACUUAGAGAGAAAUUUCAAGCAUAAUGGGCAUUUCACAAGAACGUGUGGGUCACAUUAUUUCUUUUUCUUGGCUAUUGGAAGAUCUGUGCACAAUGGGGACUGUGGGACGCUGGUUGCGGAAACAGAGUGUCAACUUCUUCUGUGACGACUUCAGAAAACGUGUUCAUCGUUGGCAGAAAUAUAUCCAAUUGUCUGGUCAUGAUAUGGAAAAGUGAAUAGUGGUAGUUAAAGAGCACAUUCUAAGGAUUAUUUCUGUGUUUCAUUUAUUAAAAUACUAGCUGUGCCCAGCUACGCAUUGCUGUGGCUAAGUUUGGUGGUAUGGAAAAUAAGGUUGUGAGGAAUUGGUGGUAGUUAGUAUAUGUGCUGUCCUAAAGCAUGUAAAUUUACAAUAUUUCUUGUUAUUCCUUGUUUUGUCUGCUGGGGGCAAGUAGGAAUGCUGCAAUUAGGCAAAAUGAUUUGAAUGUAAUGACCUUUAAGCUUCAAAGCCUGGCUGCUUCCUCCCUGGGGGAAUCUUUUGUUGGGAGGUAUUAGCUGGCCCUGAUUGUUUUAUGCCUGAAAUUUUCCUGUUGUCAGAGUGUCGUUCACACUGAACACAGUUCAAAGCAUCCCCAUUACCCUUUACUGUAAGCCCUCCCCCCGUUGUUAUUAUUAUUAGAGAGGCUCGCGUGCUGCGUCCUGCGCCACGCAUGCGCAUAUGGCCUUUUGGUGUUUUUUGUCUCUUUUAGGCGAUGUAUGUGAGUAAUAGUUUUGAUCGUGUUGUCGGAACCUAGCCACAAGAACCGUGGGUUGUGUUGCCAAGUUUCGUGUUUCUGGGUGGUUUAGUUUCGUUGUCUACUUUUAGGUAAAAAUUCCAUUACAUUUUUAUAUUUAUAGAAGAUUCCCAUCCAAACCCAAGUAACGAAGGUGGAGGCAUUACUUUUCAUUCAACCCUCGCAGAUCCUCAUACGUCUUUUGUGUCAGAACCCUGCUACUAGAGCCUGGAUGUGGCUCUGAGUUUCAGGGUCACUGACAUUGAUAAGACACCUGCGGCUCAGGACUUGGAGAAGAAACGGCUGCUGGACUUGGCGGGGAAUUUGCGCGGGGUUUUACUGAGCGGGAAGAGACUGUUCAAAUGAGGGGGAGGGUAUAUAAAGGAGGGUUGGCCGUAGUAUCCCAUUCUUGGCUUUUCUGAUGUUCAUGUUUCCUACAGUAAAAGUUCCUGGUGAUACCACAGAGAGUCUUGUGUGUUCAUUCAGGAGCGGCUGUGGUGAGCUGACACUUUUGAAUUAAUUAGAAUUAGAAUACAUAAAGCAAUCUCCCCAUUCAGCACUGGAUUUGAUCAUCCCCUCCAAUUAGGAGAGAGCGAGCAUGGUCUUAGACUGCGACUCUGGAGACCAGAGUUCGACUUUCUGCUCAGACUUGGAAACCCGUUGGGCAACCUUGGGCAAGUUAUACUCUCUUGGCCUAAGAGAAAAGCAAACCCCCUCAAAACAAAAUUUGCCAAGAAAAUCCCUUGAUAGGCUCACCUGAGGGUCACCAGAAGUUUAAAAUGUCCUGAAGGCAUAUAAUAAAUGCCCAUAAUAGGAUUCAGGGUCCCUUGAGCUAUGAUCUUUCCUUGAACUUUGGAGAGGAUGCUCUUGCAAUGCUUGGAGGCAGUAGGGUCAGAGAUGAAGAAAAUUAGCUGUGUUCUGUGUGUGUAUAAAAGGCAGGGAGGACUUUGGAGGUUCUGGGAGUUGUAUUCCAAAAGGCUAACCUUUCCGAGCUCUGAAUUUAUUUAUUUAUUUUUUGCUGCCACUCAAGGAAAUGGGGGCUGAAAUGUUGUGCUCUUACUCACAGCAGGAGUUGGCUGUACUAAAGGGCAGGGCCCGACUCACCGGGCCCUGCAGAUUGCUGGGAAGGGCGCUCCCUCCCUCCCAGCAUGGCGGCGGACCAGGGGGCUUCUUCUUCCCAGGAGCCCCCUCGGCGCGGCGGGAAGGUUUCCCGCCGCCAGCACCCGCUGGCCAAUGGCAGGCCAGCACUCCUGGGCUGCCAUUGGUCAGCGCCCCUCCAUGGGCGGGGCCGCACCAGGCUCCGCCCCCGAGAGGCUCAACAGCAGCCAUUCGGAGGCUGCAGCUUGGAGGAGGAGGACACGCACGGAGCAAGAGAAAGAAGGCAGCGCGAGGAAGAAGGCAACGAGGGGCAUCGGAGUUACAGUAGGAAGGCUGGAAACGAGGGGAAGGUGAGGGUACCCCGCUGGGAGUCUGGGCAGCUCCGUUUGGCAUCCGCCGGGCGGUUUCAUUCAUGGGACAUUGUCAACUAAUCAUGGGUCCUUCUCCUGGCCUCCGCUGCCUCCCGGCCUUGCGCAGGCCACCCCCCCCAUUGCCGUGCUCCCCCCACACUCCCUCUUCACGGAGUCGUUUGCUCCAGCACCCCCCCCCCCCAGCCUGGCCAACGCUUUAUUUCCGGGCCUCCUGGCCUCCGCUACCUCCCGGCCUUGGGGCCAUCGCCUUGCUCCCUCACACUCCCUCUUCUCGGGGUCCGCUUGCUCCAACACCCCCCCUCCCCCGCCAGGCCAACGCUUGAUUUUCGGGCCUCGGGCAGCGUCCCGGGUGCAUGCGUUCCUCAUGCUGGCCUUCCGGGGGGCCCGGGCGGCGAGCGAGGGGGGGGUGUGGGCGGCGGCGGGAGCGCGGAGCGGCCCCUCAAGCGCACCUUUACUGCUGGGCCUCGCGUCAGGCGCAGGCCCGGGUGGCGGCUGCAGGCCCGGGUGCCCCAAAAGGCUAACCUUUCCGAGCUCUGAAUUUAUUUAUUUAUUUUUUGCUGCCACUCAAGGAAAUGGGGGCUGAAAUGUUGUGCUCUUACUCACAGCAGGAGUUGGCUGUACUAAAGAAUACACUCCAGAUUCUCCUGAGAGCUUGUACGUGUUCUGUGCCAAGAAAAGCCUCGCUCUGUGGUCUGAAUAAAUAUAUGCACAUAAGGCAGUGUCUGCACACAUAUGUAGGGAAGCCUGAGGAGAAGAAGAGAGGAAGGGAGGAUUGAACAGGGGAUCUGAGACCCCAGACUUGAACUCGUCUUAUUUCUGAACCACUUUUCUUUGCAGCCAUACCAUAUGCUGCAGCCAUUUGGCAGCAACAGGGCCGAGGAACUCUCUGUUGCCCCACUUUCCAACUGCUUUGAAAUGUCCCAGUUUCUCUUUCCUUCUCCAGGAAGCAGCCAGACUUUGAAGCUGCAAGGCUAUUCAGUGCUAAUCAAGGUGGCCAAUGGCAACAUUCACACUUGCCUCCAACAGACAAGAGUUCUUUCUCCCACCCUGGACAUUAUUCCACAGAUAUAUAAACCCGACUUGCCUGAAGGUAAAGGUUUUCCCCUGACAUUCAGUCUAGUUGUGGCCGACUCUGGGGUUGGAGUCCCUGUGGGGAGAUGGUGGCGAGGUAUAAAUAAAGUUAUUAUUAUUAUUUUAUUAUGACACAGCAAACAAAAUAGAUAUGCUGGAUUUCAUAUCACAAAAUCACAAGUCAAACACUUCCCAAGUGUCUAGAACUGUGUGAUGUAUUAUUAUUAUUAUUAUUAUUAUUAUUAUUAUUAUAUUUUAUUUUAUGACACAGCAAACAAGAUAGAUAUGCUGGAUUUCGUAUCACAAAAUUACAAGUCGAACACUUCCCAAGUGUCUAGGACUGUGUGAUGUAUUAUUAUUAUUAUUAUUAUUAUAUUUUAUUUUAUGACACAGCAAACAAGAUAGAUAUGCUGGAUUUCGUAUCACAAAAUCACAAGUUGAACACUUCCCAAGUGUCUAGGACUGUGUGAUGUAUAUUAUUAUUAUUAUUAUUAUUAUUAUUAUUAUAUUUUAUUGUAUGACACAGCAAACAAGAUAGAUAUGCUGGAUUUCAUAUCACAAAAUCACAAGUUGAACACUUCCCAAGUGUCUAGGACUGCGUGAUGUAUUAUUAUUAUUAUUUUAUUUUAUGACACAGCAAACAAGAUAGAUAUGCUGGAUUUCGUAUCACAAAAUCACAAGUCGGAUGAUGCACGUAGAUCCCAGUCGGGUGGCCUUUUGCAGUUGGCAGAUCGUGAUUUUGUCAAUGUCUAUUGUUUCCAAAUGCCGGCUGAGAUCUUUUGGCACGGCACCCAAUGUGCCCAUCACCACCGGGACCACCUGCACUGGUUUCUGCCAGAGUCUUUGGAGUUCAAUCUUGAGGUCCUGAUAGCGGCUGAGUUUUUCCUGUUGUUUUUCGUCAAUGUGACUGUCACCUGGGAUGGCAACGUCAAUGAUCCAAACCUUUUUCUUUUCCACAACUGUGAUGCUUGGUGUGUUGUGUUCCAGAACUUUGUCAGUCUGGAUUCGGAAGUCCCACAGUAUCUUUGCGUGCUCAUUUUCCAAUACUUUUGCAGGUUUGUGAUCCCACCAGUUCUUAACUGCUGGGAGAUGGUACUUGAGGCAUAAGUUCCAAUGAAUCAUUUGGGCCACGUAGUUGCACCUCUGUUUGUAGUCUGUUUGUAGUCUGUCUGUGCGAUUUUCUUCCAGCAGCUGAGGAUAUGAUCAGUGGUUUCAUCGGUUUCCUUGCACAGACUGCAUUUUGGGUCAUCAGCUGAUUUUUCGAUCUUGACCUGAAUUGCCUUUGUCCUGAUGGCUUGCUCCUGGGCUGCAAGGAUCAGGCCUUCUGUCUCCUUCUUCAGGGUCCCAUUCGUGAGCCAGAGCCAGGUCUUCUCCUUAUCAGCUUUUCCUUCCAUUUUGUCAAGGAACUUUCCAUGCAAUGUUUUGUUGUGCCAGCUGUCAGCUCUUGUUUGUAGUGCGGUUUUCUUGUACUGGUUUUUUGUCUGCUGUGCUUUGAGGAGUUUCUGAUUUUUGACUUCAAUCAAAGCAGGUUCUUCUUCUUCUUCUUCUUCUUCUUCUUCUUCUUCUUAUUAUUAUUAUUAUUAUUAUUAUUAGGACCCUUAGAUUGUGGACCUUUGAUCUGGGGGGCUUCCUUGGAUUUUGGUGGAAAGGAGUAUUAGAGUUACGUGUCAUCUAUGUAAAGAUGACACUGAACUCCAACACGCCGGAUGACCUCACCCAGAAGUUUCAUGUCGAUAUUACAAGGGUUGAAUAAAAAAUAAUACCUCCACCUUCGUUACUUGGGUUUGGAUGGGAAUAUUUAAAUAAAUCAGCUGUUCAAUGCCAAGGCUUCCCACCAAAUGGAACCGUCUGUGCAGGGUUCCAUACUCCGCACUUUAACAACACAACCAUUCAAUGCUAAGGCUUCCCUGUCUGCGCAGGGUUCCAUACUUCGCACUUUAACAACACAACCGUUUAAUGCUAAGGCUUCCCCGUCUGCGUAGGGUUCCAUACUUGGCACUUUAACAACACAACCGUUCAAUGCUAAGGCUUCCUGCCAAACGGAACUGUAGAGGAGAGUCUACUGAACAAACCAGGACCUGCCGCAGAGCAGGACUGCCAUCUCUUGAGGAAUUACGAAGGUGGAGGCAUUACUUUUCAUUCAACCCUCGUACACAGGCGGAACUGGACAAUUUGGACAGAAAAACAAGAAAACUCAUGACCAUCCAUCAUUCCCUGCACCCUCGCAGUGAUGUUGACCGGCUAUAUCUGCCUAGAAGAUCAGGGGGCAGAGGACUCUUACAAGUCAAACAAGCAGUCAAAGAAGAAGAACAUGCCCUGGCAGAAUAUGUAAAGCAAAGUGAAGAACCUGCUUUGAUUGAAGUCAAAAAUCAGAAACUCCUCAAAACACAACAGACAAAAAACCAGUACAAGAAAACCGCACUACAAACUAGUGCUGACAGAUGGCACAAGAAAACAUUGCAUGGAAAGUUCCUUGACAAAACUGAAGGAAAAGCUGAUAAAGAGAAGACCUGGCUCUGGCUCACGAAUGGGACCCUGAAGAAGGAGACAGAAGGCCUGAUCCUUGCAGCCCAGGAGCAAGACAUCAGGACAAAGGCCAUUCAGGCCAAGAUCGAAAAAUCAGCUGAUGACCCAAAAUGCAGACUGUGCAAGGAAACCGACGAAACCAUUGAUCAUAUCCUCAGCUGCUGUAAAAAAAUCGCACAGACAGACUACAAACAGAGGCACAACUAUGUGGCCCAAGUGAUUCACUGGAACUUAUGCCUCAAGUACCACCUCCCAGCAGAAAAGAACUGGUGGGAUCACAAACCUGCAAAAGUCUUGGAAAAUGAGCACGCAAAGAUACUGUGGGACUUACGAAUCCAGACUGACAAAGUUCUGGAACACAACACACCAGACAUCACAGUUGUGGAAAAGAAAACGGUUUGGAUCAUGGAUGUCGCCAUCCCAGGUGACAGUCGCAUUGACGAAAAACAACAGGAAAAACUCAGCCGCUAUCAGGACCUCAAGAUUGAACUUCAAAGACUCUGGCAGAAACCAGUGCAGGUGGUCCCGGUGGUGAUGGGCACACUGGGUGCCGUGCCAAAAGAUCUCAGCCGGCAUUUGGAAACAAUAGACAUUGACAAAAUCACGAUCUGCCAACUGCAAAAGGCCACCCUGCUGGGAUCUGCACGCAUCAUCCGAAAAUACAUCACACAGUCCUAGACACUUGGGAAGUGUUCGACUUGUGAUUUUGUGAUAUGAAAUCCAGCAUAUAUAUCUUGUUUGCUGUGACAUAAUAAAAUAACAAUAAUAAUUCUUUAUUUCUAGACUGCCCUCUCUCCCCAGAGGGACUUGAGCCUUCACUCACCAAACUACAGAUCCCAAGAUUACAUAACAUUGAACUAUGACAAUUUAAUUACAGAUAUCUCAAAUUAAUUACAGGUAUCUCAAAUAGGAGCUCUAUCCUCUAUUGCCUUGU